AAGUUGGCUGGACCCUACUAUACACCUUCCGUAAACCUCCUCUUGUACAAAAACAUGGCGGACGGUCAACAGCUGUUCUAUUUUAUUGACAAUUUGACAUUGACAAUUCAUAAUUUUGAGGUUAUAUAGGAAUUCAAAAUUGUGCCUUGCCAUUGCCUUGCAUUGUUUGUUGUUAAUAUUUUGCUGAAAAUAAGUUGCUAUGGAAGCCGUGCAAGCAAUAGCUGCUAUUGAUAUGGUGGAAAAUUUGCCUAGAAGGCGUAUUAAAUUGUACAAUGCCAGAGCAGACCCUUUUUCUUUGCCUGAUGUGGAGUUCAGGAGUCGGUACCGGUUCCAAAAAGAUACAAUGAACUAUAUCAUUGAUUUAGUCCGUGAUGACAUAGUAGUGGAUCAAAGGGGCUGCGGAACAACCCCAGAACUGCAAGUACUGACUGCAAUUAGAUGUUGGGGUCGUCGAGAGGAGAUUAUAAUACAUAAUUAAAAAAUAUAUUACAAGUUCAAUAGAUAUCAGUGCUACGCCUUUAUUCCUUUCACAAUACAUUACCUUUUUUAGUUAAUAAAUUAAUGUUUUUAGGUACAAGAUGAUGCUGGGGAGCUGCAUGGCUUAUCUCAGCCAACCGUGAGUCGCAUCUGUGCCAGAGUGGCUCGUGCUCUUGCGCGACACUCUGCCACGUUUAUAAAAAUGCCAGAAACUGUGCCUCAACAAGAGGCAACUAUAAGGCAGUUUCAUGAAAUUAGAAAUUUUCCAACUGUCAUUGGGUGCAUCGACUGUACCCAUAUCAGAAUAAGGAAAUAUGGAAGUGAUGCAGCACAAUACUACAUAAAUAGAAAGGGAUAUUAUUCAUUAAAUGUACAGGUUGUUUGUGAUGCCACUCUACAAAUUAUGGAUUUGGUGGCUAGAUGGAGAGGCAGUACACACGACUCUCGCAUAUUCACGGAGUCCUCCAUCAAGCAAAGAUUUGAAAGGAGAGAAUUUAGGGGCAGGCUCUUAGGGGACUCUGGGUAUAGGUUGGAGCCGUACCUAUUUACCCCAAUUACAAGACCGCAGAAUGUUGCAGAGGAGCACUACAGUGAGGCCCAUAUUUCCACACGGAACACAAUUGAACGCUGUUUUGGUGUAUGGAAACAACGCUUCCAAUGCCUAUUGCACGGGAUGUCGGUGAAAAUGGAAAAUAUCAAGCCAACAAUCGUAGCUCUGGCUAUACUUCAUAAUAUUGCGAUUAAGCGAGAAGGCCAGAUAGAUUUUGAUGCGGAGGAGCAGCUACAUCAUCCAGCACUGCCAGAAGAGGAUGCCCACAUUGAGGGAGGCCACAGGGCCAACAUUAAUAAUGCAUUUUUAAGAGCAUUUGUUGCUCGUCAUUUUAAUAAUUAAAAGGUUAGACUAAGGUAGGUACUUUUACUGCCUUAAUGUCCUUUGAAAAUACUCUUGUUGGAAGUUGGAAUUAAUCUAAAUUCAAAACUAUGCACAUGCACAUACUUUAGAUUCCCAAAAGUCAUUAAGGAAAUAUUAGCACUACUGUACACCAGGAAGGUUUAAUUUUGUUUCCCUAAUUUUAUACUGAAUGCUAUUUAUUUAUUUGUUUUGCUUUUGUAAAAUUCUAUCUUAUGUUUCAGUAGCUCUUUUUCCAGCAACAAAACUUCAUAUUUUAGAUCUUCAUUUUUCAUCUGUUUGGCAUGAAGCUCUUGCCUACAUUUAAUUUCAUUGUUUGCUAUCAGGGUGGCUGGUAAUCCUGCAGCAUCGUCAUUAUUCUUCUGCUUCUUUAUAAUCUGAAAUGAAUAUUUAUAAUAAUCAAUAAUGAAACACACAAUGGUGCAGUGGUAGGGCAAUCGGCUGACUAAUUCAGCCCUGGGUUUGAUUCUCAGGUAUGCUUCACCAGGGGUGCUUUUUCUAAUAUAUCCAUUACUUUCCAUUACUUUGGGACUAACAUAACAGCAGCGAAAAAUUUACCUUUUUUCUUUUUUUCAGAGGUGUGGAAGCAGCAGCUACUAUUUCUACUGCUUCUGUAGGAGCUGAAGUUGCAAGUGGUACCUCCUGAAAUAAUAGUGAUAUUAUGUGAUAUAUUAUUAUAAUAGUUAUGUUAUAAUAUAAAUAAUAAAGUUGUGUGUUAUAUUUUA